CACUGUCCGGGGAAGCUGACGGUGAUGCCGUCCAGUCGAGGAUGUGCUUCAGACAGAGACUGUUCAGGAGGACAUAAGUGCUGUGUGUUUGACUGUGGAGCUGUGUGUGUCCCACCAGCUUUCACGAAGCCAGGAGUUUGUCCACACAGAAGAUUUGGAGCAGGAAUGUGUGCCGAGUACUGUGUCAAUGACAGCAAUUGUCCCAGCAAUGAGAAAUGCUGCAGCAAUGGAUGUGGACAUGAAUGUACACCUCCAUAUACAGUGAAGCCUGGUCGAUGUGCCUUACCGAGGGGAACCCCAAUGUGUGCUGAAUACUGUUAUCAUGAUGGCCAGUGUCCUGCUAAACAGAAGUGCUGCCCGACCACCUGCGGUCACGCAUGUGAUGACCCCUGCUGAUUUAAACAUCCCCAACAUUGAUUUCACCUCAUAACUCAUACUUGAGUCAUUUUAACCCAGUAUUUCAUUCAGAGGGAACAAUGUCUGUUUAUAACCACCAAAUAAACCUCAUAGUUUUAGUAAACA